GAUCAACGUGAGUGCAGUCCAUAUAGUUGAGAGUUGAGUAUUGGAGUCAUUCCGUUAUACCGGCUACAAUCCAUGCACCGUUACAAUCGUUCAAAUCACUGGAAUAAGGAAUCUGCUCGUGAAAUAUGACUGUGUUUUGUAAGGGAUGGUUCCGCCCAAUACACGUGGUUUUCAAACAGCUGCAGAAACUUCAGGAAUCCGAUAAUUCGUGAAAAGCAUUCGUCCCACCACAACCCGUAAUGAAGAUUUUACAAGGUUAGCGAGAGAGGUUGUUAGUAUCGGCUGUCCCGCCGUGCAAAUUACUCUGAUUCUUAAAACCAAUUGUGUCUGGUCUCAUCCUAAAAAAUGAUUGGAAUAAUGUACAAAAAGACUGCAAUUGUGUUGGCUUUAUUCUGUAAUCUAAUCUACGUCAUAGAGUGUAAUGAUCAAUGCGGCGAUAGAAGAGAUAAUGUAGGUGAAAGAAGAUGUAGUAAAAGAUGUGCUACUAAUCAGGAUUGUGUCAGUGCCAAGAAGAAAUGUUUAUGUGAUGGUGUCUGCGGUUUAAGUUGUAUUAAUACAAACAUGAAAUGUGUUGACAUUGAGGGAUCUAGAAUACCCCACGGCCAUGUUGAAAUAAUUCCCUUUAAUCAGUUCGGUGCUGUUGCUAAAUAUAGAUGUGACGACGGUUAUACGUUAUUUGGAAUUACAGGGAGGGUCUGUCAGGGCGACGAGACCUGGAGCAGGCAAGCCCCCACUUGUAAUCUUACAAGACAUGUUAUAGAAAAACAAGAAUGCGGUCGCCCUCCACAGGUGAACCACGCCCAUCACAGUGGACCCCGGAAUGUUAUGUCCCAUCCAUUGGGAAGCACUUUACUGUAUGAGUGCGAUGCUGGUUUUACAGCCAGGAAAGAUGUGGUAGUCAGAGCCUGGUGUGUCGGAGAUGGAGUGUGGGUCGGACCUAACUUAACAUGUAGCCAUGCUGGAUGUGACCUUUUGCCCGAUAUACCUUCCGGUACAGUUCAUAUCAUUCCCCCCAAUAUGAUUGGUGGUAGAGCUAGAUAUAGCUGUUAUCCUGGUUUUCAUCUUGUUGGACGAAUUGAACGAACUUGCCAGUCAGAUGGUCAAUGGGACGGAUCACCCCCAAGCUGUGAAAAGGUUGUUUGUGGACGACCACCGGAGGUAGAACAUGCUUCCCACGAUGCACCUACAGAUCAACUGCAGUUCCAAGCCGGCACACAGUUAACCUAUACGUGUGUCUUUGGUUAUUAUAGAGAGGGGGCGCCUAGAUCCAUGUGUACAGGAGAAGGUCAAUGGGUAGGACCCAGAAUGACAUGUAAAGCCCGAAAUUGUGGUGCACCUGGAGAAAUCAACAACGGUUGGCGAGAUCCGGGUUAUAAGUUCACGUUUCCUAGUAGAGUUACAUAUCACUGUAAUGAAGGUUUUGAACUAUUGGGUCGAGCAUUCAGAGAAUGUCAGUCUAAUGGAGAAUGGUCAGGAAUAUUACCUACAUGUGAACCAAUCGAAUGUCAAGAGUUGGGACCACCGCUACAUGGAACUAUGAUAGGAUCCGGUCGAACGUACGGUUCUUUGAUUAGAUUUGUGUGUAAUGAUGGGUAUAAAGUGGUCGGCUCUGCUGAACGCAGGUGCCAGGCUGAUCGAUUGUGGAGUGGCCAAGAAGCAAGAUGUGAAGAAAUAGACUGUGGUGUACCCGGUCCAUUAUGGAAUGGUUAUGUCGAUGGACAUAGAACUACUGUAGGUUCGGUGUAUUUCUUCAGAUGUUAUGCCAGGACGACUUUUGACGGACCGGCGUUUGCUGCCCAGUGUCUGGAAAGCGGACAGUGGUCUCAAAAUCUGCCAAAGUGUUUGGGACAAUGUCAAGUACCAGCCAUAUUGAAUGGAUCUGUAGUAGCUGGUCAAGAGGGAGUGUGGGUAGAUCAUGGAACAGCUAUAACGUAUACAUGUAAGGAAGGUUUAGAGUUAAAUGAUACGUCAGAGAUAAGUUGUAAUAACGGCACGUGGAAGGUAAUACCAAGAUGUGUACCAGCCCCAUGUAAAACUGCCCCACCACAGAUGGAGAAUGGUCACCGUGUUUUCUUCAACAUGAAUCACGGGGAUCGUGCUAGGUAUUUCUGUAUGGAGGGAUACAGACUGAGAAAUGAUCACAGAUACCUGACGUGUAAUUUUGGAAUCUGGGAAGGACCCACACCACAAUGUGAAGAGAAUUUCUGUCCCAAUCCUGGAUCCAUACCGAAUGGUCAAAUUUACAAAAAAGGCCAUUUUGGAAAAUUCAUCUUCAAAGAAUACAUCGUUACAAUUAAACACGGUGACAGACUGGAGUACGAAUGUCAAAGGAAUUACAAACUUGUUGGGCCGAGUGGCGCUGCAUGCGUUAAUGGAAAAUGGAGUCCACCAAACAGACCACGAUGUAUUCCAGCACGGCAUCCCAUAUUACCAAAACUAUGGCGACCUAUGGAAGAACAGUAGAGCACAAGCGGGGAACACAAAAACGCUAUAGGCCUAUGUAGGAAAGACUCGACGUAUUGCGCGGGCUGUGAUCAUUUUGGAUUAGACGUAAUGUCGCUACGAUGUUGGAAGAAACAGCAAAGAAAGUGAAUUCCGAUAUAAUCAAAUUUCUGAUUUAAAUAUGCUAAAGAUUACCUAGACACAUUAUGUGUUCCGUUGAAUAAAUUUUGAACGGAAUUAGGUCGCGUAACAGAACAAACAAGACAUCGGAUUAGUGGACAGAACUGGACAAUCUCAAAACAAAUUUAACCCAGAAACAGUCGCUGGAUAGCUGAACUCUAUUAAAACUCGUUGACCAGAGUUAUAGGCCUACUCCCAUCGUUUUUAUGUUCCCAAAGUUUGACAGUCUAAAAUAAUACUGUGUGAUUAAGUAUAGACAAAGUGACCUCGUGGUCAUGAUGUUACUACACCCAUCAAUAGGGUUGGGCUAAACUAAAGAACAUUACUUGAAAAGGACUAAACGUCCGACUUUCUCGCAUAAAUUACUAGUUUUAGUAAAUCUAACCACGGUUUAUUUAAAACAAAAACACCCCCCCCCCCAAAAAAAAAAUAUAAUGAGCUUGAACAGCUUGAAAUUAUUAUCGUAAAGGCACUUGAUACAGUUUCUGCUACGGCUUUAUUCAAUUCAUAAUGCACACGUUUCAAUAGCUAUCCUCGUUCUUAUAAAAAUAUAAGCAUAUCACAAUAUCUAGGCUCCAUGUCUAGCUUUUGUACUUGUCUUGUAAAUACACCUGUAUGCAGAACCAGGUGUCUAUUUCGUUUCGUUCAUUUUUGAUACUGUACUCUGCUGCUUUAAAAUUGUAAAAACAAACGAAACGAAUUUGCAAUCUAAAACUUUUAUUAAUUUUUUUUAUAUACAUAACAACGAAGCACAAUGUCAUGUUAGCCAAUGUUUAUUGCUUGUGUUGUGUUGACUUUAGACGCGUAAUUUGAUAGCAUUGAUAUUUAUUUUAAGAAUACCCUCCACUAUUUUCAUUUUUGAGGGCGAUAUAAGUUAUUAUUUGUGUGUCUCUCUAUUUCUAUUCGUCUACAUAUGCUCAAGCAUCCACUGUUAUAAAUGGUUGUGAUUACUAAUAUUAUGUAAAAGUAAAGCAUCAUAAUUAAUAUCGUUCUUGUAAGAGGCAUUAUCACUUUCACCAUUUUUAAUCAAUUGUUUAGAAUAUCAUGUUCAAAAUAACACACCUGGUUAUCGAAAACCCAAGCACGAAUGUUAUCUGUGGGGGAUAUGUCCCAUGGCAAGUUCAGAAGCUGGUAUGUUUGUAUUCUGGUACUUUGUCAAUUGAAUAUUGUUUUCGAUUGGACAGUCUGUGUCUUUGUUAAGCUGUUGGUUCUGCCCUGUGUCUUGUACUAUCGUCCGCUGAAAUCUUUGAAAACUACCAUUUUGUACAUGAACGACUAAAUGUUAAAACCCGAGCACUAUAUUAGCAAAUUGCUCAUAUAGCCCCAUUUGAACAUCCUUAAGUUGACUGUGUUGUCAAUUCACGGCAAAUGAAAGAUUUACUUAUUAAGUCACCAGCGAAGAUUCCCAAAGCUUUGAUGUCUCUCUAUACAUUAUUUGUACGUUCGUACAUUUUAGUCUGUAUUGUCAUAGUUUUAGGAAUGUCUGAAGAAAUAUUAAAUAUCUGAUCGCUAGUUUCGUUCUACCAAAUAUGUAUACGACUAUUUCCAAAUUAGACCUUAAGAUUUUGUUUUGUUUGUUGGUCUAAAAUACUUGAUCACUGAACUAGUGUUUGGUCAGUUCUAUUUGAAACCUUAUUGUCAUUUAUUAAAGCAUACAAUAAUAUUUCUGUAAAAGAGUCAUAAUAUUAUAUCUAAACGCGGACCAUUUAGAGACAUAUUUUGCAUCUUAUUCAUUGUUAACUGAAUUAGGAACUGAUAUUAGAAUCUAGAAUCGGAGUGGAAUGUUUCUCCAAUACUUAAAUCACCCAAAAUGAUAUUUUAUUUGUAAAGUCAUUAAAGAUAAGCUUUACUUAGAAUUAUGAUGAACAGUUAAAAACAAGGACAACAUCUAAUAGAUUUUAGCUUUAAAUUAAUAUUUUUGAGUGUUUAGCUAUACAUUGAUAUCUUUGUAAGUUUUAGCGAUACAUUGAUAGCUUUGUAAAUUAAAUAUUUGCAUUCCAGUUAAUAUUGAUCUAAUUAACGUUAUUAAUACCUACUGUUAUUCUUUAGAGGUUUUAUAAUUGGGGGUUGUGGUCAAUCCUCUUAAGGCCACAGACUUUUAUUAUUAUUGUAAUGGACGCACUUCAUCCCAUUAAAAUUUUGCCAUUCAGUAAAUAAUCCAUUUUGAUACAACGUGUAAAUGUCGUCGUAUUCCAGCUAUUUCCGUCGGGUUCGGAAUAACGGUUUGCUCCUUGGUUGAUCCUCAUGCGUGGUGUAGAAAGUGGUUUGAGGCUAUCCAAUUGGCCGAACAAAUUCAUCCAAUCAUUUACAACUAAUACAAAGUCUAGUUUAGCCAAACGCAUUAAUUUGCUUAGACGAGGCGACAAAAAGGCGCAAAUAAAGUUUUAAAAAAAUAUGUUGUCAUUGCAUCAAUACCUCCUCCGGGUAACAUGGAUACAGUAAACAUAUUCUGAAGACAAACAGUAAAAUGUAUAUCUAUUUGUAGAUGUUUGUUUUGAUAUUAUUAUAUAUUUAGUGAUACAAAUUCUAGAUGUUGUUUAAAUAUGUAAUCAUCUUUAUAGUUUGUCUAAUAAACAUAUCAAUUCAA